AUGAUGGCACAAAAUAGCCAAGAAAAAAGUAAUUUAGACCACAAGGAAGAUAAAGAAGCUAAAGCUGACUCUGAAACUAACAUUGAGGAGGUUAUUGAGGAUAGUUGGUUGAUACGGGAUUGUGAAGUAUACAGUGAUGAAUAUGAUGAAUGCACAAGCUUUAAAGGAAGGUUUCACCAAUAUUUUAUAUAUGGUGAGACCCUGGACUGCAAUCAGUGGAAAAGAGAUUGUGACAACUGCUACAAAUGGGUGGAUAGUAAAGAUGUCAAAGCUGGAGAAGCAGUCAUAAUUAGUGAAAAGAAUCGGAGAAUGGAUAGAUUAAGAGCCCACUAUAGGAAUGAUAUUUGGAAAAAGCGUGAUUUACCGCCAGAUGACUGGUCAGCCCCAUUACCUGAGUGGAUGGUCAAAAGGGAUGAGAAUACAUAUUUAGCACAAAAAGCUAAAGAAAUUAGAGAAGGAACUGAAACUGUUGAAAAAGAAAGCACAUGUUCAAUAAUGUAG